CCGACCGUGUCCGCAGUGCCGUUCCGUUCUCUCGAUCGUGACGAACACAAAACCAUUUUUCGGGGGUCCGAUUCGCCGAGGGCCGCCCUCCCUCCCUAGUGCAGUGUUUGUUGUGCCCGCCGACGUCCCCCCCGCGAGUGAGUGCGGACGAGUGCGUGACCCCGGGGGCACCCACCUGCGACACCCUCCCCCGCCGGGCGCUGCCGCCCAAGUGCAUCAAGCAGAACAGCCCCGUCGGCGACCUCGCCCGGUCCGAGACCUCGCACCGCGACCGGCCAGUGCGCCUCCUGGAGAGGGCGCCGCCGUCACAGUGCGCUUCGUUGGGGACCUCGUCCCGCCCGGGGCGCCGGAGGCCCCGCUUCCGCAGCGCGCCGGUCCCCGAGCUCCCGGAGAGCGCCACGAACUCCCCGGGACGACCGGGGACUACUUCAACGCCAGGACGUCCCCGUCUUCGACGCCCAGCCUUACCCUGGACACGCUCGUGGACGUGUACCGGGACGCCGCCUGUAUGGACUCGGACGCGGCGGCCCAGCAGUACGGCGAGGUGAACCAGCUGGGCGGCGUGUUCGUCAACGGCCGGCCGCUGCCCAACGCGGUGCGCAUGCGCAUCGUGGAGCUGGCCCAGCUGGGCAUCAGGCCGUGCGACAUCUCGCGCCAGCUGCGCGUGUCGCACGGCUGCGUGUCCAAGAUCCUCGCGCGCUACCACGAGACGGGCUCCAUCCUCCCAGGCGCCAUCGGCGGCUCCAAGCCGCGCGUCACCACCCCGAGGGUCGUGCACUACAUCAAGGGCCUCAAGAGCAAGGACCCGGGCAUCUUCGCGUGGGAGAUCCGCGACCGCCUGCUGUCCGACGGAGUAUGCGACAAGUACAACGUGCCGUCCGUGUCCUCCAUCUCACGCAUCCUGCGGAACAAAAUCGGCAGUCUGUCGGGGGUGGCGUCUCCGCCUAGCCUCCCAGCCGUGCUGACCGGCUGCACCUCCCCAUCGCCCGGCUCCGCGCCGCCCCCACACCCGCACCUGUACAACUCAAUCUAUCCGCAGUACACGGCCUACGGACACGCGCCUGUGCAGGUGCCGUCCGCGUCCCCAGGAUCACCGCUCAACUCCCCCGGCCCCAACAACAACAACAGCAAGAUGGCCUCACCGUCACCCCCGUACCCUGCACCCGGCUCCACGGCCUCCGGCGGCGUCCCACGGGGCCCCUGGCCGUCCAGCCACUCCGUGACCGACAUCCUGAACGCGGCCAGCGUGGCGCACCAACAUCACCUCAUGAGAACGUCGGGGAGCUCGGUGCCCGUGGGGUCGCCGCCGGGCGCCCGACCCGCUCACGGCAACCCGGCCGACCAGAACUACAACUACUACAUGUACCUGCAGAGCUGCUCGACGGCGGGCGCCGCCGGCGUACCCAACAUGCACACGUCGGCACUGGCCGUCAUGAACGGCCACCAUCACCACCACCAUCACCACCACCACCAUCCGUGCCUGACCGGCCAGGCCGCAACGCCCUGAGGCACAGGUGACCGGACGGCACCAGCUUGACACCAUAUUGUGUCACGGUGUGGAGUGUGGGAAGGGGAGGGGUGGAGUGUGGACGCUAUGAUCUCACUGGUUAAAUGAUUUUUGUGGCAGUUAAUAAGUGCCUCAAAGCGUGCUAUAAAAUGCGCAGUAUCGGAAUUUUGUACGUACUGCUCGUUUGUUGAUCUAUGUAUUGAUGAUCCUUUGCCAUGAUGAAUAAUGCUUGAAAGGCUUCAAAUCAGCAGCCUGUGAUCAAUUACUUUCCGUUAUACCGUGAUAGGGGCGACUUUUUUUCGCUCAAUUCAUACGGAAUGUCUCUGUAAAUAAAAUAGUUGAGAAUUAAAUAUCUUUGAGUUUUCAAAUA